GAUUGGUACGAACGAUGCUGAUUACCUCGUUGCCAAAAAUCUGCAUGGACAUCGUUUGGGUAGAUGGCUUUUGCAAGAUAGUGGCGAUCAGACUCGACGUAGGUUUAUGUAAUGCGUGUACUGAGCUCUUGCCAACUUUCAACUACUUACUUACUUACUACAAGUCUUUCUAUAAGCCCUCGACGAAGCUAUUAGACUUCGCGUUCGCAGGGUGAACGGCGCCUUAGCGUAUUCCGGGUACAAAUAACGUCGGCGGGUCUCGGCAAGCACAAAUUUUGAUUUCUGUCCUCGACGACGACGACGAUGCUCGCCCGCUGCACAGCCCGCUCAUUGGCCAGCCCGGCCCGCCUGUUCUCGACCUCCGCUGCCCGGCACACGAAAGUGGCCGUCCUCGGCGCCGGCGGAGGCAUCGGCCAGCCGCUGUCGUUGCUGCUCAAGGCCGACCCGCUCGUCUCCUCGCUGAGCCUGUACGACAUCCGCGGUGCACCCGGCGUUGCUGCGGACGUCAGCCACGUCGACACCCCCUCAGAGGUGCACGGCUAUCCGGCCGACAAGCUCGACAAUGCUCUCGAUGGCGUGGAGGUUGUCGUCAUCCCUGCUGGUGUGCCACGAAAGCCCGGUAUGACCCGUGAUGACCUCUUCAAUACCAACGCGUCCAUCGUGCGCGACCUUGCAAGCUCAAUCGGUCGUGUCUCGCCGAAAGCACACAUUCUCGUCAUCUCCAACCCCGUCAACUCCACCGUCCCCAUCGUCGCAUCCACGCUCGCCAAGGCCGGUGUCUACGACCCUAAGCGUGUGUUCGGUGUCACUACCCUUGAUGUUGUCCGCGCCGCUCGCUUCACUGCAUCCGUUGCUGGCGUACACCCCAACGAGACCCCCAUUACCGUCGUUGGCGGUCACAGUGGUGCAACGAUCGUCCCUCUGCUCUCUCAGAGUGUACACGGUAAGAACAUUAAGGGCGAGGCCUAUGAACAACUCGUCUACCGCAUCCAAUUUGGUGGCGACGAAGUCGUUAAGGCCAAAGACGGCGCUGGGAGUGCGACCCUCUCCAUGGCGUAUGCUGGUGCCAAGUUUACCAGUGCCCUCUUGCGGGCUCUGAACGGUGAAAAGGGUGUUAUCACACCUACGUUUGUUGAGAGUCCGUUGUUCAAGGACAAGGGCAUCGACUUCUUCUCCUCCAACGUCGAACUUGGCGUCAACGGCGUCGAGAGGAUCUUCCCUCUGGGACAUGUGUCCGUAGAAGAGGAGAAACUCUUGGAAGCAUGCUUCCCUGAGCUCAAAAAGAACAUAGAAAAGGGACGGGCCUUCAUUGACAAUGCUUAGAUGUUGUUAGAGACGUGUAGAUGCGCUCUUGAUUGCCAAUACCUGAUCUCCCUUGCUAAUGCAUGUUGUCUUGAAUAUUCGCAUUCCCCCUCUCU